CUAAAUACAAAUACCUAGAGUGAAAAAAAUGAGUUGCAGCCACAAACCUCAGCGCUUCCCGCCACUUCAACCCUUCUCUCUUUCCCCAUAUCCCAACGAUGGCGGACAAGAAAGGGAAACGCCGUCGAACCGACCCGAGCUCCGACGAUGAAACCCACCAUCCCAACAAGAAGGUCCCCAAGAAAGACACAAUCAUCAACAAAACCCUCGAGAACCUCCGCUCCACCACCGCCGCCGCCUCCUCCUCCAAAUCCCUAAGCCUGGCCGACCUCCCCAUCUCCUCCACCUGCCGCGAGGUCCGCGAACUCGACCACGAGUCUGUACAGUACGAGAUCGAACUCCAAAUGCUCAAGGUCAUCAAAUCCAUCCUCGACGGCAACGGCUUCACAUUCCAGGUCCCCUCACGCGCCGCCGCCAACCAGCUGUACAUCCCGGAGCUCGACCGCAUCGUGUUGAAGGACAAGACUUCCCUUCGCCCGUACGCCAACGUCUCCACCGUCCGCAAGGCCACCAUCACAGCUCGUGUUCUGCAGCUGAUUCACCAGCUCUGCCUCAAGGACAUCCACGUCACCAAGCGUGACCUUUUCUACACCGAUGUCAAGCUCUUUCAGGACCAGAAUCAGUCCGAUUCGGUCCUCGAUGAUGCGGCCUGUAUGGUUGGCUGUACGCGCUCUAGUCUCAAUGUGAUUGCCUCAGAGAAAGGUGUAGUUGUGGGGAGGCUUAUAUUCAGCGACAAUGGCGAUAUGAUUGAUUGCACAAAAAUGGGAAUGGGCGGAAAAGCCAUUCCGCCCAAUAUCCGCAAAGUUGGGGAUGUGCAGAGUGAUGCAUUGUUCAUACUGCUGGUUGAGAAGGAUGCGGCUUUUAUUCGAUUGUCUGAGGAUCGGUUUUACAAUAGGUUUCCGUGUAUUAUCCUGACUGCGAAGGGGCAACCUGAUGUAGCCACUAGACUCUUUUUGAGGAAAUUGAAGCUUGAAUUGAAGCUACCGGUGCUCGCCCUUGUGGACAGUGAUCCAUAUGGCCUGAAGAUUUUAUCGGUUUAUGGUUGUGGGUCGAAGAACAUGUCAUACGACAGUGCGAAUUUGACCACACCGGAUAUCAAAUGGUUGGGGAUACGGCCGAGUGAUUUGGACAAGUACAAAAUUCCAGAGCAGUGUAGGUUGACGAUGACAGAUCAGGAUAUCAAAACAGGGAAAGAAAUGUUGGAGGAAGAUUUUGUGAAGAAGAAUCCAAAAUGGGUUGAGGAGCUGACUCUUAUGGUGAAGACCAAGCAGAAAGCAGAGAUUCAGGCUCUGAGCGCAUUUGGCUUUCAAUAUCUGACUCAGGUUUACUUGCCGCUAAAACUGCAGGAGCAGGAUUGGAUAUGACAUAUGAGCCUCAGGCUUGAGUUUGGUAGGAGUGUUUGUUUUAUGGUAAGUGAUGAACAAUGAUUUCGUGACUUUGUUUCCUCGUGAAUGACAAGUCUUUUUUCUUAUUUUCCUGCUGAUGUUGCGUCUCUGUGACUGUAUAAUCAAAGAAAUGUGUUCUUAAUGUGGGACUGUAAUUUUGGAAACUUAUUGCUUUGGCGAAACUAGUU